CUGCGCAGCCACAAUUCUGUAUUUAUAUAAAACCUUUCCCUGCCGUUGAAGUCUUAAUAUCACAUGUUAAAUUAGUACUCGUUUGUGUCGUUUCCGUGCUGGAAAGAGGAAGUGUGAGAGGAAUAACUUUUAUGUAUCUCGUGUGCGUCCUUGAGCAUUAACGACUCUUUGGUGUUCUGACCGACAUCCCAGGGAGACACCCAUUCUAAUACAUCCUUCCUAAUACAGUCCUUUCCUUUACCACCCAAACUACAAUCAUUUAACAAACCGGGAGACUGAAUGGCAGAGGAGGCACGUGCGAAUACUGUUAACAGCGUGGUCCCAGGUGAUGAAGGGGAAGCGAAGUUUAAGAAAUGUGACCAGAUUGCGUUUUACAGGCGGCAGAAGCAGGGACUCGCAACACAAUAUCGCCCCCUGCUGGACACUUUGGUGAUAACAGACAAGGGGGCGCAGCUCGAGCUUCACGACCCAGGCACACGGGUAAAACUGCUUCUCCAGGUGUGUGCCAUCAAUGACGGGACGGUUAGGGUCACCGUCGAUGAACUUGAGCCAAUUAGAGAACGCUACAGGGUUCCAGAUGUUCUGAUUGGACCACCUGUCUGUGAGCGGUUAAAGGUGGUCCGGAGGGGGGAGAACUCCCUGACGUUGGGCUGGGGUUCGGGUCAGUACCGGUUUCGGGUCGGCGCCAGUCCCUUUCUGCUGGAGGUGCUGUGUGAGGACGAGGUGACCGUCACACUCAACCCAAACGGCCGGCUGUUCUUUGAGCCGCUGCAGGAUCCACCUGAGACAGGGCUGUCAGCAGAGGCAGAUGAGGAGGACGAGGAGAAUACAGGGUUGUGGAAGGAGACCUUUAAACAGUUUGUGGACAUCAAGGCAAAUGGCCCCACCUCGGUCGGCCUGGACCUGCGGCUGCACGGCUUCUCCCAUGUGUAUGGCGUCCCUGAGCACGCCGACGCCCUCCGGCUGAAGGACACCAGGGACGGGGAUGCCUACCGCCUGUACAACCUGGAUGUGUUCGGCUACGACAUCCACAGCCGCCUGGGUCUGUACGGCUCCGUGCCCUUCCUGCUGGCCCACAAGCCCAAAAGAAGCGUGGGGGUUUUCUGGCUCAAUGCGUCCGAAACCCUGCUGGAUAUCCGGUCCACUGAGGAGGGUACCGCCACCGCAGAGGAGGGGAGCAACCCCCCUCCAGAGAAGAGGAGGGUGCCCCCCCACACGGACCUGCACUGGAUGUCCGAGAGUGGUGUGAUUGACACCUUCGUCCUGCUAGGCCCCUCCCCUUCCCAGGUCUUCACGCAGUAUGCUGAACUAACAGGACACCAGGCUCUGCCCCCGCUCUUCUCCCUGGGCUACCACCAGAGUCGCUGGAGUUACGAGGACGAGGUGGACGCGCGGGCCGUGGACGCGGGCUUCGACCGCCACGCCAUCCCCUACGACGUGCUCUGGCUGGACAUCGAUCACACGCGCGGGAACCGCUACUUCACCUGGCACCCCGAGCGCUUCCCCGACCCCGUGGGCCUGCAGCGCCACCUGGAGGAGAGAAACAGGAAACUGGUGGUCAUCAGUGACCCGCACUUCAAGGUGGACCCCCUCUGGUCUCUGUACUCCGAGGCCAAGCAGGGCCGCCAUUUUGUGAGGGACAGGACGGGAGGGCUGUACUUCGGGUCCUGCUGGCCAGGUGAUUCUUGUUAUGUGGACUUCAGCAGCCCUAAGGCUCGGGCAUGGUACUCCAGCCUCUUUGCUCUAGAGAAGUACAAGGGCUCCACGGAAUCGCUGUUCGUGUGGAACGACAUGAACGAGCCGUCCGUGUUCGGCGGUCCCGAGCAGACCAUGCCCAAAGACGCAGUGCAUUGUGGGGGCUGGGAGCACCGGGACUUGCACAACCUGUACGGAUUCCAUCAGCACUUGGCCACGGUGGAGGGUCUUCUGGCUCGGUCUGGGGGCACGGAGAGGCCCUUUGUCCUGUCCCGCUCGUUCUUUGCCGGGUCACAGAGGCUGGUGGCGGUGUGGACGGGCGAUAAUCUGGCGACCUGGGCGUACCUGAAGAUCUCCAUCCCCAUGGUCCUGUCCCUGAGCAUUGCGGGUGUCGCCUUCUGUGGAGCGGAUGUGGGGGGGUUUUACUGGGACCCGGAGCCAGAGCUGCUGGUGCGCUGGAACCAGGCGGGGGCGCUGCAGCCCUUCUUCCGCGGCCACUCCGCCAUGCACGCCAAGCGGCGGGAGCCCUGGCUGUUCGGGGCCGCCGUCACCGCGGCGAUCCGCUCCGCCAUCCGGGAGCGCUACCGCCUGCUGCCCUACUGGUACACGCUGUUUUACCACGCCCACACCGCGGCUCAGCCACCGGUCAGGCCCCUGUGGGUGGAGUUUCCCCAGGAGGAGGACACCUUCGCUGUGGAGAACACGUACAUGAUAGGAAGUGCUUUGCUGACAUGUCCAGUGACUGACCCUGGGGUCACCGAGGUGAAGGUUUUACUUCCGGGAACUGACGAGAGCUGGUAUGAUGUGAGCACUGGUCAGGUCUUCAGUGGUGGCAGGAGUGUGAGCUUCCCUGUGACUCUGGACACUGUCCCCCUGUUUCAGCGCGGGGGUACAGUGGUCCCCAGGAGGACAGGGCCUGGAUCCUGCACAGCCGACCUGCAGAAGCUGCCCUUCACUCUCACCGUCGCCCUGAACUCCAAGGGCUGCGCAGAAGGGGAACUGUACCUGGACGACGGACACUCCUUCAACUUCCGGGACAGGAAGCAGUUUUCCCUGCGCCGGUUUUCCCUGAAGCAGGGCCGUCUGCUGAAUUGCUGUGCAGACGACGCGGGGCGGUAUGGGGCAGGGUGCUCUGUGCAGUCCGUCAGCUUCCUGGGGGUGAAACGCAAACCGUCUGCAGUGUCCGUGGAGAUUUCCGGUGCCGUGAAGGAUUGUGCUGAGGUCCAGUACCAGCCAGAGAGCCACAAGCUGACAGUGGAAGGUCUGGACCUGGAUGUGGAAAAGGACUGGGAACUCAGGAUCCUCUAAAAACUCAACUACCCAGCAUGCACUGCGCAUUGUUCAUCAUUGUUCAUCCGUGUAUUGUUCUGGGGUGAAACGGCUUUUUUUAAUUACGAAAUUCCGCCAUUAAGGAUAUGAUUUUAAAUGUUCUUGUAUUCAUUGUGCGUGGUUUUGCCCUCCGGGAAAGGCCAAAGUACGCGUUAGCGUGAAGAUUUGUUUUCAGUGAUCCUGAAUUCUUACAAUCGAUCACGCUCAGAGGGAUGACUCUGAGAGCGGUGACGUGCUGUUGAAAGCAGAUUCAGUGAGAGUCGCAGUGGAGCACAGCUAAGGUGUCGGACUUCCACGCGGGCAUCAGUCCCGUGCGGAUGCACACCGAGGGCCGGGUUUCGCGUCCCGGUCCUGCUAAAGCCAGCUGAAGUGAGAGAGGCAUAAUUGGCUCGCCCCUCUCACAAAAAUGGUAAAUGGUUGCCAUUUAUAUAGCGCUUUUAUCCAAAGCGCUGUACAAUUGAUGCUUCUCAUUAACCCGUUCACACACGCGCGCGCACACACACACACCGACGGCGAUUGGCUGCCAUGCAAGGCACCGACCAGCUCGUCAGGAGCAUUUAGGGGUUAGGUGUCUUGCUUGACACUUCGACACAGCCCGGGCGGGGGAUCGAACUGGCAACCCUCCGGCUGCCAGACGACUGCUCUUACUGCCUGAGCCAAUGUCCCGAGCCAUGUCGCCCCAUUUUCAAAAAAAGAAAACAAUUCAAAGGUUUUUUUUUCUUUUUCAAAUAUUCACCUCAGAGUGCACGUGAUGAUAAUGACAGUUGUCGGAAGAAGAACCAAAUGCAUGCAACAAAUCAGUAUUUAAAGCUCCAGAGUGAUUUUCUACAGGGCAAAAGCCAGUUAAUCCAGUUCCAGUUAAUCAGUGUCCACUGUGUCGAUUUCUGACUUAAAGGGAAUGUAAUGAUUAGCUAAAGCGGCAAAAUAAUAAAUCAUGUACAUUUCACCUCA